AUGAGUGUUAAAACCUAUAUACAAACUGGUCAUAAAGCAAAUAUAUUUAGUGCCAGAUAUCUUCCUAACACUAGAGAUAAACAUGUAAUUUCUUGCUCUGGGGAUGGAGCAAUAGUUUUCACUAACUUAGAUCGCCCAGAAACAAGUCUAAGUAAUAUCUUCUCUUGUCAUUUUGGAACAGCUUAUGAAAUUCUUACUGUGUCAAAUGAUCCUCAUACUUUUCUUUCUUGUGGAGAAGAUGGUACUGUUAGAUGGUUUGAUUUGAGAAUAAAGAAUUCAUGCAAUUUAGAAGAAUGCAAAGAGGAUAUACUUAUCAAUUGUCAUGGUGCAGUUACUGCAUUAGCUGUAAGCCCUUUUACACCACAUCAUUUAGGUGUAGCCAGUUCAGAUGGUUAUGUUCGUAUAUUUGAUCGGAGACUUUUAGGAACUAGAGCAACAGGUAGCUACUGUGGUGGAGGAAUGCAAGCAAUGAUUACUAGAUUUUCAGUACCAGAAUUUGAAGGUCGUGGACGUAGAAUUACAUCAUUAUGCUAUAGUCCUAGUGGUGAAGAAAUGCUUGUUAGUUAUUCUUCAGAUUAUGUUUACUUAUUUGAAAUCAAGGAUGAUGGCAGGAAAGAAAUUCCUUUGAAAACUGAAACAGAGCCAUUAAGAUUAGAAAAAAAAAAUUUCAAGCAGGAGAGUCAAGGAAAAUGUUUAAACAAGUCAUUUUUAAGCAGAUUGAGAGUGACAGGUGAUUGGUCUGAUACAGGACCAAAUUCAAGAACUCAACAUGAAAUAAGAGAAUCUGGAGAACCACCACCUAGAUCAACACUUCAUUCAAGUUUAAUGCAACGUAUGUGUGAUGUUCUUACACGAAUGUUUAACAGUUCAAAUUCUUCUUCAUCUCAAAGUAAUCACUCAGUAGAAGAUAUUAAUCUUCCAAGUGGUAGUGAAGAAUUGAAGAAUAGCCCUCUCAAUAAUAAUAAUCCUAACAGAUUGAAAGUAAAAGAUUCAGCAAAUGUAGCCAAAGAAAGCCAGAAGAAAGAACAAAAACUCAAAUCAAAAAAAGAAGAGGGAAGACAAGAUUUAUGCUGUGCAACUUGUGAAGAGGAUGAUGACGAUGAUGAUGAUAUGGAAGACGUUCCUAAGAAAUACAGCUGGAAUCAGAGCGUGAGAAACCUUCAAGAUGAACUAUCAACAAGAAGAAGGAACUUUUUAGAAAAACACGACUUAGAACCAGUAAUUAAUCUCCAUUACAAUGGGCAGGGUGUAACAAGUGGGCUAAUUACUAUGGGACUCUCAGAAGAGAGAGAGAGACAACAGCUUAAUUUGCAAGAAAAUCAAGCACAAAAUAUACAGAAUGACAGCCAACCAAAUGAAGGUUCUUCUUCGUCAACAGCUUGUGUUAAUCAAAUAUCAGUUCGCAGUGAACUGGCAUCUCAUUAUAAUCAAGAAGGAAGUAGAGAUUCACAGAAUGAAGAUCUUUUUUCUGAUGACAGUAGUGAUGAAAUGACGGCUGAAAAUGAUGAAAGAAAAAGUUCUAGACACAUUCCACUAUUUAAUGAUAAAAUAAAAUGCCAUCAGUCAUCAGACAAGGAUGAUACAUCAAUGAUGACAGUACCAGAACCAAGAAUUAAAAGAAAAUUUUCAGGUCAUAGAAAUUCCAGGACAAUGAUCAAAGAAGCCACAUUUUGGGGUGAAAAUUUUGUUAUGAGUGGGUCUGAUUGUGGACACAUAUUCAUUUGGGAUCGGUACACAUCACAGUUGGUAAUGGUUUUAGAAGCUGACAAUCAUGUAGUGAAUUGCUUACAGCCACAUCCAUUUGAUCCAAUAUUAGCAUCAAGUGGCAUAGAUCAUGAUAUAAAAAUUUGGGCUCCUUCACAACAAGAACCUAUUUUUGAUGAGAAAAAAGCAAAAGAAAUUAUAGGAAGAAAUGAAAUAAUGUUAGAAGAAACAAAAGACACAAUCACAGUUCCUGCUUCAUUUAUGAUUAGAAUGCUUGCAUCGUUAAAUAAUUUGCGUUCUGCUGGAGGAAUAUCAGGAUGGAGACGUUUCAUGAGGGAUGACCGAUUAUACGAACAAUAAAAAGCACAAAUUAUUGCACCCGUUUGCACAAAGACAGCAUUGUCUUCAGUUAUAGAUCAUUGUAUAUCUUUCUGUGAUAACAGAGUUUUCCAAACUUAAUUUAUUAAUAUAUACAGAAUGUAAUAUAUACAAAAUAUUUACUAUAUAACUAAUAAUUCCCCAUUCAUUAAAAUUGCACAUUGGCAUUUGAUUUAUUAAAAAUAAUAAUCAGUAAGAUUUUGUAAUGAAAUUGUUGCAAAUAGAAAAUACAAGCUCAAUGAAAAAUUAUAUACUUACAAAAUGUAUUUUCCUUAUACAUCAUAAUUUUCAUUAAAACUAGUCUGUAACAACAUAUUUGUUCAUUGUUACUAGUACUUAAAUGCAGUAGAUAAUUUUGUUAGUUGAUAUUAAAAUUUUGUUUUGAAUGA